AUGGCUCCAAUGAAACCAUCAUCAUCGGCCGCUUCAAAGCCAACAACUACCACAACCAAUACUACUACCGCUCCAAAAACCAAUACUACAAGCACCACGGCCACAACGACUACUACCUCCACACCUACUACCUCUAAUCAAACGCUGUUGCAAUCUUUGCAUAGCACUCUCUCUAAAACUCUUGAUUCUUCCAUUGAUACCAUAAGCAAUCAAUUUCUCUCAAAGAUGUUGGGAAUUAACCUUCCAAGCGAUCAACAACGCAAGCUUAGUCUUGCUGUUGGAAUGACGGGGGCUGGCCUUACUUUCUACAUGUUGAAGAAGCUCAUUAACAAGAUGAUGUACAUGUUCUCGCUUCCAAAGCCCUCAAUUACCAAUAAGGAUUAUGAUGUCAUCAUUGUUGGUGCUGGUAUUGCUGGCUGUGCUCUUGGAUCUGUACUUUCUAAGGCAUCUAAAAAAGUUUUGGUAAUCGAAAGAGAUAUGAGCGAGCCUGAUCGUAUCAUUGGAGAAUUGCUUCAACCUGGAGGUGUUCAACACUUGAAAGAUCUCGGUCUUGGUCACUGUCUCGAAGGUAUUGAGGCUGCCACCGUUAAGGGCUAUCAAGUAUUCUACAAGGACGAAACUGUUCAUAUGCCUUACCCACAAUCUGCUGAAGGAAGAGCAUUCCACUAUGGCAGAUUUAUCAUGAAUUUGAGAAGAGCUUGUGAGAAAGACGGAGCUAAGAUGAUACAAAGAGUUGUCACUGGUUUGAUUGAAAAAACUCCAGGACUUGUUGAGGGUGUAGAAUAUAAGGAAGGAGACCAAACAGUGGCUGUCACCGGACAUAUGGUCAUUGUAUGCAAUGGAGCUGGUAGCUCAUUCACAAGACAAAUCCGUUCCGAUAAAAUUGGUAGUGGAAACAAACCAUUGGUCGUUUCUCAAUUCAUUGGAUUAGAAUUACCAAACUGUGCAGAUAAGUUACCAAAUCCUGGACAUGGAAACGUUUUCUUAUUACCUGAUGCUCCAUGUUUGCUUUAUCCAAACAGCACAACUUCUGUCAGAUGUUUGGUGGACUUCCCUGAUGGAGAUUCUAGCAAGCUACCAAAGCGAGGAGACGAAAUGGCAAAGUAUUUGUUGCAAUACAUUAUGCCCCAACUUCCACCACAAGUACACGAUACCUUUAAGGCUGAAGUCGAUGCUGACAGAAUUAAGGUAGUGCAAAAUCGUGAAAUUCCAGGUGAAACUGCAGACACACUAUUAAAGAAGGGCGUUGUAUUGAUCGGAGACGCCAUGAACUGUAGACAUCCUCUCACUGGUGGAGGUAUGACUGUAACAUUCUCAGACUGUAAGGAGCUUUCCAAGGCAAUCAUUAAUGUUAAGGAUAUGUCAUCAGUAGCUGAAGUUGACAAUGCAAUUGCAACAUUCUACAAGAACAGAGCAAAGGUUGCCAAUACCAUUAACAUUCUUGCAAACGCCCUAUAUAGCAUUUUUGCUCCACCUGGAGGUGCUAAGAAUUGGGAAUCAUUUAAGCGUAACGAAUCUACUCCUUCACUUUCUGAAAAUGACAGCAUGAGUAUUAUGCGUCGAGCAGUUUUUGAAUAUUUUAAGAAGGGCGGCAUUUGUCAAACUGGACCACUUUCUCUCAUUAGUGGUAUCUGGCGUUCUCCUCAUGGACUUAUUACUCACUUCUUUGCUGUUGCAGUUAUUGGAUCGUUUGAUCUCAUUAAGGAAGGAGGAGUUUUUGGUAUUUUUGGAGCUUUAGCCAAAAGCUUCAAGAUGAUCACAGGAGCAACCGGUUUAAUUGCUCCACUCAUUGCCGAAGAAGGAUUGCUACCAUUCCUUUUCCCAAGAUUUAUCUGGAGGAGAAAGCCAUCGCCAAAUCAUCAAAAGUAA